UCAAACACCGAAGGGCCGCGCGCCAUUUUGGCUCAAACAAACUCCUUAAUAUUUUAUCCCAAUUAAAGUGUUUUUAUAUUGUAAUAGGGUAUUUUUAUGCUAACAUAUUGUGGGGUAACAGUAAACCUAUAACGACUCAACAUUUGUUUUGCCUUCUCUUUACGUUGUGAAAGGUGUCAGCCAAAAGUCAUGGUUUAAAGAAACCCCAGCUGAGCCAACUCAUUUCUUUGCUAAGUUUUGUUUUGUUGGUGGUUGGUUUAUUUUUCAUUUUGUGUAAUGGGAGGCUGCUCCGCCCCAAAUUGCUCCAAUUCAACUAGCAUAGGGAAGCAGCUGUUUAGAUUCCCCAAAGACCCUGUGCGAAAGAAGAAAUGGGUUAUAAACUGCCGACGUGACUUUGAGCCCACUCCUCACUCCAGACUCUGUCAGGACCACUUUGAGGAGAGCCAGUUUGAAGAAAUAGCCAGAUCUCCAGCUGGUGGGAAAAAGCUGAAGCCCAAUGCUAUUCCCACGCUGUUCAAUGUGGGAGACCCUCCUUUCCCUGCAGUCACCUCUCCAUAUAUCCUGCUGCCACUAAAAUCGGAACCAGUGGAAAAGGAUCUAAAUUUUGGCGAUCAUGGCUAUGCCAGACGCAAUCCUUUGUCUGGCCUUGAAGAGGAGGAUGGAGAAAGAACAUCUGAAGACCACAACCCCUGCAUGCAGUGUCAGCUCCUUAAGAAAAAACUGGAGCAGGAGAUGCAGCACACCGCAAGACUACAAAGAGAGGCAGAAGAGAUGAAGAAGCGUCUGUAUAGGCUCGAUCGCAUCGAGAAGGGGCUCCAGAACUUUCUGUACGAGGACCAGAUCAGAGCGCUGUCCCUCACGAAGCGCUCACGGCGCGCCGUCUGGUCGCCGGAGACGAUCCUGAAAGCUAGAAAGAUCCGCUGUGCCGUCGGAACCAAAGGCUACGAGUACCUGAGGGAGAUCGGCUACCCUCUGCCCUCGUACAGGACUCUGUGCAACCGUCUGGAGACGAAGAUCAUGGUGACGACCGACAUGAGCUGUGAGGAGCUGGCAGAGCUCGGCCUGGGGCUUAUGGCCACAUGCGACAGUCCUACAGAAGGGGUCGGGGACAAUGAUGAGGAAGAACUGAUGGGAGUUUUAUCCUGAUCCCAGUUACUUACACUGAUUCUGAACUGUUGUAGAGGGUUAAAUUGAGAGAUUACACUGUCCGUGAUUUAGAAAAGUUUUGCGGCACUGGUUUUAAAGUUUUCUGGCCUUCAGGUCACCUGGCUGUGCCCACAUUUUACAUCCACUCACGUGAUGUUUGAUGCACCGGCUUACAUGUAGCCUGGAUUCAUGUUCUGCUGAUUCCUGCUGUUAUGGUAGCCUGAACAUGUGAGGAGCAUGUGCACAAUGUAGCUCAUUCAUAUGCAUCUUGUAAAUGUGAGUGACGCUUGUUAAAAAACCUCUUUGCACAUAGCUUUGUGAAAUCGCUGCUUGUUUUUACCGUCAAUUGUGACACAGCUGAGUCUUUUACUGGCCUUGUUCUAUACAUUUAAAAAAAUUAAGUAUAAUGCAAACAGAUAAACAUGCUGCACACUUUGGGUAAGAUGACCUUUUUAUUAGGAACAAAAGAGAUGACUGAGGCAACCUUUAAAAAAACAUUUGGUGAUCUACUCAGCAUAUUUUGUGGAUUUUAGUAACAGUAGUUCUCUGAGAGAACUUGUCAAUUAUACUCUUAAAAAAACUGUAUUUGGUUUAUUUCGAUUUGGUUUAACAAAUCGAAAUAUCCUCCAGUUUUCAGUAAUGCAGUUUACUGUCAGACUAAAUUUAACAUAUCCAUCUGAUCUCUCUUUAAAUUAUUAAAAACGCUGUACAGAAUGUAGACAUUGGCUGGUUUCUGUCACUUAGCUAUGUCUUGAUUAAUCAGAUUUUAUGUUUAACAUUUCAUGAUAGAAUUAUUCCUGAUUUAUAGGGAAGGAAUUGGGAUUAACAAAGUGUUCACCUCGUCCCAAUCCUAUUCAAAUAUGUACACAAAAUCAACAGAAUAUGGAUAUUUUGUUGCCUUUUUUAUUAUUAUUUCCUUUAUUUUCUUUUUUGUUGUUUGGAUCAUGGGUGCCGAAGUCACGUCCAAUAAAACAGCUAAGUUCCCA